AGUGAGCUGGCUCCGGUUUCGGGGGUAUAAAAUCCCCCGUCCCUUCGAAACGUCACAUUAGAAGGCCCAUUUGGAGAGACAGGGAUCGGAGAGAGGAUGCCAUGGCCGAAUUGCCGGGCACCGACCGGACUUUGGACCUGUCCCGCUCCAACGGGCGCUUCACCAUCAGCACCCUGAUCAGCACCGAGGACAGCGGCCGCGGGCCUUACGUCCAGGGCGACACGGCCGUCUACGACACCAGCCAGGGCAACCACCUCACCCACAACAACACCUUCUACCUGCGGACCUUUGGCUACAACACCGUCGACGUCGUGCCCACCUAUGAGAACUACGCCAACACCAAGAUCUCCGGGGAGUGCAAGAAGGCCCGGCCCACCCUCGCCGACCUGCACUCCUUCCUCAAGCAAGAAACAUUCCACCGUCACUCACCGGGAUACGAACCGCAUCGAAGUGAUAGCUUCAGUCAAGGAGGGAUUGAUGAUGCAACUAUUGAUGGCGACAAGAAACCCGAAGGAGAGCCGGUCCGGUUUGGAUGGGUCAAAGGGGUGAUGAUCCGUUGCAUGCUCAAUAUCUGGGGCGUCAUUCUGUACCUUCGGCUUCCUUGGAUCACAGCGCAAGCCGGAAUAGCAUUGACAUGGGUCAUCAUAUUGAUGUCUGUGACGGUGACCACCAUCACCGGGUUGUCCAUUUCGGCCAUCUCCACCAACGGCAAAGUGAAAUCAGGUGGGACAUAUUUCCUCAUCUCGAGGAGCCUUGGACCUGAGCUGGGUGGCUCCAUCGGCCUCAUCUUUGCCUUCGCCAACGCCGUGGCCGUGGCCAUGCACACCGUGGGCUUUGCCGAAACUGUGCGGGAUUUACUGCUUGAAUACGACUCGACCAUUGUGGAUCCCACGAACGACAUCCGCAUCGUCGGCAUCAUCACGGUGACGGUGCUUCUCGGGGUUUCCUUGGCUGGGAUGGAGUGGGAGGCCAAGGCCCAGGUCCUCUUCUUCAUCGUCAUCAUGAUCUCCUUCAUCAACUAUCUGGUGGGGACUGUCAUUCCAGCGAGUCAAGAGAAGCAAGCCAAAGGUUUCUUCAGUUAUAGAGGGGAUAUUUUUGCCCAGAACUUUGUCCCCAACUGGCGUGGACCUGACGGUAGCUUCUUUGGCUUGUUUUCCAUCUUCUUCCCAUCCGCCACCGGCAUCUUGGCAGGAGCCAACAUUUCGGGCGACUUGAAGGAUCCGGCGGUGGCAAUUCCUAAAGGGACCCUCAUGGCUAUUUUCUGGACAACCAUAUCCUAUUUGGUGCUUUCUGCUACAAUUGGUUCUUGUGUGAUCCGUGACGCAUCGGGGAACGUGAACGACACACUCACCGUGGAUUCAAUGGGCUGCGAAGGCAUCGCUUGUGGCCUCGGCUGGAACUUUACUGAAUGCGCCCAGAGCCAGAGCUGCCGCUAUGGGCUCAUCAACCAUUACCAGGCCAUGAGCAUGGUGUCUGGAUUUGCGCCAUUGAUCACCGCAGGGAUUUUCGGGGCCACUUUGUCCUCCGCUCUGGCUUGCCUGGUCUCCGCGCCCAAAGUGUUUCAGUGCCUUUGCAAGGAUCAACUCUACCCUGCCAUUGGCUUUUUCGGGAAGGGCUACGGAAAAAACAACGAACCAAUCCGGGGUUAUGUAUUGACGUACUUUAUCGCAGUGGGCUUCAUCCUUAUUGCGGAAUUGAAUGCCAUUGCUCCCAUCAUUUCCAACUUCUUCCUCUGCUCCUACGCACUCAUCAACUUCAGCUGCUUCCAUGCCUCCAUUACCAAUUCGCCAGGUUGGAGGCCCUCCUUCCGGUAUUACAGCAAAUGGGCGGCUCUGUUUGGGGCGGUCAUCUCGGUGGUCAUCAUGUUCUUGCUCACCUGGUGGGCUGCCCUCAUUGCCAUUGGAAUCGUGGUGUUCUUGCUGGGAUACGUGCUCUACAAGAAACCUGUGGUGAACUGGGGCUCUUCGGUGCAAGCUGGUUCCUACAAUAUGGCCUUGAACUAUUCCGUUGGACUCAAUGAGGUGGAUGACCACAUUAAAAACUACAGACCUCAGUGUCUGGUCCUGACCGGUCCUCCCAAUUUCCGUCCGGCUCUGGUGGAUUUCGUGGGCACCUUCACCAAAAACGUUAGCCUGAUGAUCUGCGGAAAUGUGUUGGUUGGGCCAUGCAAACAGGUCCUCCCAGAGCUCCGUCUUGCCUCCAAGGGCCACGUCAAAUGGCUGACCAAGCGGAAGAUCAAGGCUUUCUACACGGAGGUCUUGGCGGAGGACUUGAGGGCCGGCGUGCAAAUCCUGAUGCAGGCCUCAGGUCUCGGGAGAAUGAAACCCAACAUCCUUGUGCUUGGAUUCAAGAAGAACUGGCAGUCAGCUCAUCCACAGACAGUGGAAGAAUAUGUUGGGAUCCUCCAUGACGCUUUCGACUUCAAGUUCGGGGUGUGCAUGAUGCGGAUGAAAGAGGGGCUCAACGUGUCGCGGCUCAUGCAAGCGCACAUCAAUCCGGUUUUUGAGCCCACGGAGGAUCCGGAGAAGAACGGCAACACUCCGUCGGUAGCCGGCACAUUGGAUCCGGAUGCCUUGGUCGCAGAGCAGCAAGCAAGCACCCUCUUCCAGAUUGUGCAGGAGAAAAAGACCAUCGACAUAUACUGGCUGUUUGAUGACGGAGGCCUGACGCUGCUCAUCCCGUACCUCCUCAGCCGCAAGAAGAGAUGGGGAAAAUGCAAGAUCCGGGUUUUUGUCGGCGGGCAGAUCAAUCGGAUGGACGAAGAGCGGAAAGCGAUCGUCUCUCUGCUCAGCAAAUUCCGACUCGGCUUCCACGAAGUCCACAUCCUUCCCGACAUCAACCAGAAGCCCCGACCUGAACACGUGAAAAGAUUCGACGACUUGAUUGCCCCGUUCAGGCUGAACGACGGCUUCAAAGACGAGGCUGCGGUGAACGAGAUGAGGCACGGAUGCCCCUGGAAGAUCUCGGACGAGGAGGAGGCCAAGAACAAGGCCAAGUCCCUUCGUCAAGUGAGGAUGAAUGAGAUCUUGCUGGAUUUCUCCCGGGACGCUGCUCUUGUCUUCAUGUUUGUGAUCCUAUCAGUUCUUUGCUGCUGGGAGGUGGUACCUGAGGCAUAAGUUCCAAUGGAUCAUUUGGGUCACAUAGUUGUGCCUCUGUUUGUAGUCUGUCUGUGCAAUUUUCCUACAGCAGCUGAGGAUAUGAUCAAUGGUUUCGUCGGUUUUCUUGCACAGUCUGCAUUUGGGGUCAUCAGCUGAUUUUUCGAUCUUGGCCUGAAUUGCCUUUGUCCUGAUGUCUUGCUCCUGGGCUGCAAGGAUCAGGCCUUCUGUCUCCUUCUUCAGGGUCCCAUUCGUGAGCCAGAGUCAGGUCUUCUCCUUGUCAGCUUUUCCUUCAAUUUUGUCAAGGAAUGUUUUGUUGUGCCAGCUGUCAGCUCUAGUUUGUAGUGUGGUUUUCUUGUACUGGUGUUUUGUCUGCUGUGCUUUGAGGAGUUUCUGAUUUUAGACUUCAAUCAAAAUAACAAUUACUAUUUUGAUUGAAUAAUAAUUAUUAUUUGACUUCAAUAAUAAUGAUUAUUAUUAUUAUUAUUAUUAUUAUUAUUUUAUUGUAUAGAAUCAUAGAAUCAUAGAAUCAUAGAAUAGUAGAGUUGGAAGAGACCUCAAGGGCCAUCUAGUCCAACCCCCCGCUAAGAAGCAGGAAAUCGCAUUCAAAGCACCCCCGACAGAUGGCCAUCCAGCCUCUGCUUAAAAGCCUCCAAAGAAGGAGCCUCCACCACGGCCCGGGGGAGAGAGUUCCACUGCCGAACAGCCCUUCUCACAGUGAGGAAGUUCUUCCUGAUGUUCAGGUGGAAUCUCCUUUCCUGUAGUUUGAAGCCAUUGUUCCGUGUCCUAGUCUGCAGGGCAGCAGAAAAUAAGCUUGCUCCCUCCUCCCUAUGACUUCCCCUCACAUAUUUGUACAUGGCUAUCAUGUCUCCUCUCAGCCUUCUCUUCUGCAGGCUAAACAUGCCCAGCUCUUUAAGCCUCUCCUCAUAGGGCUUGUUCUCCAGACCCUUAAUCAUUUUAGUUGCCCUCCUCUGGACGCUUUCCAGCUUGUCAGCAUCUCCCUUCAUCUGCGGUGCCCAAAACUGGACACAGUAUUCCAGGUGUGGUCUGACCAAGGCAGAAUAGAGGGGGAGCAUGACUUCCCUGGAUCUAGACGUUAUUCCCCUAUUGAUGCAGGCCAAAAUCCCAUUGGCUUUUUUAGCUGCCGCAUCACAUUGUAGGCUCAUGUUUAACUUGUUGUCCACGAGGACUCCAAGAUCUUUUUCGCACACACUGCUGUCAAGCCAGGCGUCCCCCAUUCUGUAUCUUUGAUUUCCAUUUUUUCUGCCGAAGUGAAGUAUGACACAGCAAACAAGAUAGAUAUGCUGGAUUUCGUUUCACAAAAUCACAAGUCAAACACUUCCCAAGUGUCUAGGACUGUGUGAUGUAUUUUCAGAUGAUGUGUGCAGAUCCCAGUAGGUUGGCAUUAUUAUUAUUAUUAUUAUUAUUAUUAUUAUUAUUAUUAUUAUUAUUAUUUAUUACUACAAAGGCUGGGUGGCCAUCUAUUGGAUCUGCUCUGACUGUGGCUCCUGGGGACUUACCCUAAAAUACUGUUAAGUUUACAUUGGUCAAAAGGUUUUCCUAUGCCUGAUCUAUAUAUAUUAUAAUUUAAUACAACAUAUAUACAUGUCUAUACAUCAGCAGUACUGGAGGGGAGGUACCGGAAGACCCCUGCUCUGGAAAGACUAUGCCCUUGUGAGUCUGGCCAUAUCGAAACUAUCGAGCACGUGCUCCUCCAGUGUAUGUUUUAUAGAGAUAUUAGAAUCAAUUUCAUCACUCCUUGGCUUUUAAAACAUCCAGGCCGCACUGAAAGAUACUACACCUCUCUGCUGCUCUCAGACUCCUGUUCUGCAAUAACCUAUAGUGUCGCCAGGUUCUGUGCGGCAGCAAUUUCCAUCAGACGGACGAUGACUGACCCCACAGGGCCUGUAGCCAGAGCAAUCUGUUAUAACUGAAAGACUGCAAAUGCUCCCUCUAUCCCCCUCCAGAGGAUCGAUAUUUACUAUUAGCUGACCCUGCUAAUAGUCUGCUUUUAAUUUGUUUUUAUUAUAGCAUGUUUUUAACUUGCUCUUUUAUCUGACUUUUAUGGGAACUGCGAUUCUCCUUUCGGGCACCUGUGCCCAUUUCUAUAUAUUCUGGUCAUAGACCGUAAUAAAUUGCUACUACUACUACA